AACACGUUAGGUACAAAGUUACAUUUCUCGACUUACUACUUUUAAAACAUUCACAAUUCCGUACAAUCUAGCGUCCGUUAACUAGCUAGCUAUCGCUAACCUACCUGGCCAUUUUUUAGAGUGGUGAAAGGCAGUGGAGAAGAAAAUGGAUGAUUGUAAAGGCGAGGAAGCAGCUAAUAAAACUACACAAAUGAACAAGACAUACAUAAUAUCUGCAGAGACAAGUAAAUGUGGGGUGAAGUCAAAUAGUUUUUCUGCUCGAGGUCGUUUCACUCUCCAGAAAAGAAAAACAAACAGCAAAGGAACCGUGAGCCGUGAGCACACGCCACUUGAAAAUGCAGAGAACCAAAGUGAAAAACAUGGGAAACGAUUAACUUUACAACGAAGAAACAGAGCAAGCUCGGUUGAAAAAAUCACUUCAUAUACAGCAGCGACGCCAGAGAAAAGAGCGUGGACACUUUCAAAAAUUCUAUCAGAGCCAAACAGUCAAGCCUCAAGUGGUUCAGCUAUACUCCACUCAGCUAGUUUUAGAGAAACGGAAUUUAAAAGCACAGACAUACUAAAAUCGAUAAACAGACCUUCCAAGAUUACAGAGAAAGGAGAAUGUUUUGCGCAGAAUUUCUUGGCCACUGUCAAAGGAGAUGCCGCUGACGAGCAAGGCAAAACAUCAACACCAACGGGAAAAACUAAGUUCGAGAAAGUAAGUUUAAAGAAAGAGGUCUUUGAAAGAUGGGCAGUGAAAGAUAUUUCAAAAUCCGUCUCAGCAAAGCACUCUGGUGUGGAGAGACGCCAGCAAAACCAACUCAGCGCUGUAAAUGGAAAACCGGUGCCCGCGGGUACAGCCAAUAAAAAGGUUCCUAUUAAUAAUCAAAGUAGAAACGUGGUACACACCCCGCGCUCAACGCCUGCUAGAAGACCAAUAAGUCAGGUGAGUUCCACUCCUAGUGGAGCCUUGAACACAACUAAAGCUAGACUGCCUGUGGGAGGUGAAACACCUGCUUCUGCUGAAGUUGGGAGCCAAGCUUCAUAUAUACAACCCCAGGAACUGAAGAUGGAGAACAGUGCAGUUACUGUGGCUGUGCGAGUAAGACCUUUCAGUCCCCGGGAAAAGGAUGAGACAGACCACCAAGUGAUUUUCAUGAGCCACCAGGAGACUCUAGUGAAGCAUCCCGAGACUAAACAAACCUACACAUUUUCUUUUGACUUGUCUUUUUACUCAGUGGAGAAAACAGACACAAAUUUUGCUGGCCAGCUGAUGAUUUAUGAAAAGUUGGCUAAACCCUUGCUUGAAAGAGCCUUUGAAGGGUUUAACACUUGCCUUUUUGCUUAUGGGCAAACUGGUUCUGGAAAGUCCUACACCAUGAUGGGGUUUGGUGAAGACCUUGGAGUUAUACCAAGAUUCUGUGAGGAACUUUUUAUAAGGGUUUCCAAAGUUGACAAUAGUAAGGUUACUUGUCAUCUGGAAAUGAGCUACUUUGAGAUAUACAAUGAAAAGAUCCAUGAUUUGCUUGUAAUGAAGGAUGAACAAAACCAAAAGAAGACACCAUUGCGAGUUCGAGAACAUCCAGUCGAUGGGCCUUAUGUUGAGGAUCUGUCAACAAAUGUGGUUAGCUCCUAUGCUGAUAUUCAGACCUGGCUUGAGCUCGGCAACAAACAACGAGCUACUGCUGCCACGGGCAUGAAUGACAAAAGCUCCAGGUCUCAUUCGGUCUUCACUCUGGUCAUGACUCAGACUAAGACAGAAUUAGUGGAAGGAGAAGAGCACGACCACAGGAUCAUCAGCAGGGUCAACCUGGUGGAUUUAGCAGGCAGCGAGCGCUGCAUCACUGCUCAGACCACAGGAGACCGGCUGAGGGAGGGUGCAAGCAUCAACAAAUCUUUGCUCACUCUGGGAAAGGUGAUUUCCUCGCUCUCCGAACAAGCACGGAGCCGCAAGAAAACCUUCACUCCAUACAGGGAGUCGGUCCUAACAUGGCUACUAAAGGAAAGCCUGGGUGGCAAUUCAAAAACGGCCAUGAUCGCGACCCUCAGCCCAGCUGCCAGCAGCGUGGACGAGAGCCUGAGCACGCUACGCUAUGCUCAGCAGGCCCGUUUGAUCAUCAACGUAGCUAAGGUCAACGAGGAUACCAACGCCAAGCUCAUUCGGGAGCUGAAAGCAGAGGUGGAGAAGCUGCGGGCGGCCCAGAUGAGCUCUCAGGGCAUCGAGCCGGAGAAGAUGAGGCACUUUCAGCAGGAAAUCACUGCUCUGAAAGCUCAGCUCUCUCAACAAGAGAGGGAGAUGGCCGAGGUUCACCGAGCUUGGAAGGAAAAACUGGAGCAAGCUGAGACAAGAAAAUGUGAAGAGACCAAAGAGUUACAGCGUGUUGGCAUCACAUUUAAAGUGGAUAACCGGCUUCCCAACCUGGUGAACCUGAAUGAGGACCCUCAGCUGUCAGAGAUGCUCCUGUACAUGAUUAAGGAGGGACAGACCAAUGUUGGCAAGCACAAAUCUGAGUCUGCCUACGACAUCCAGCUGUCUGGUGCACUUAUUGCUGAUGAGCACUGUGUCAUCUCCAAUACAAAUGGCACAGUCAGCAUUAUGCCCAUGGACAAUGCCAAGACGUUUGUGAACGGAAACCUUGUGUCUGAAGCCACUGUUCUCCACCACGGUGACAGGGUGAUCCUGGGAGGUGAUCACUACUUCCGCUUCAACCACCCAGCUGAGGUGCAGGGUGGAAAGCGUGCAUCCUGCUGGAGCAUUGGAGAUGGCCAGAAGGACUUUGAGUUUGCCAAGAAUGAGCUGCUUUCUGCUCAGAGAGCUCAGCUAGAAGCAGAGAUCGAAGAUGCCCGGGUGAAAGCCAAAAAUGAGAUGAUGCAGGGAAUCCAAGUGGCCAAACAAAUGGCUCAAAAACAGCUGCUGGACCAAAAGUUGCAGUAUGAGAACAGGAUAAAGGCCCUGGAGAGAGAACUUGAGGAGGAGACUGAAAGAAAAAGAGCUGAGGAAACAGAGAGGAGGCGAGUGGCUAGCAAAAUGGAGGAGUUGCAAACCGCCAAGAGCCUGCUGGAACAGGAAAUGAGCACGCACAAAAAACGGCUGCAAAUGGAGGCGCAAGCUGCCAGACAGGCCAUGGCGGAUAAUGAUAUUCGGCAUGCUAAGAUUCUUGAGGCACUGGAAGCAGAGAAGAGGAAAGUUUCUGAAGAUCUAGCUGAGAUUCAGAGGAAGCGUGUCUUGAGAGUGAAUCAGACUCCAAAAACUGCUCCUCCACAGUGGGAUGCCAUGAAGUUGUCCCUGAUGAUUGAAGAGGCUAAUAAAAUAAGUGCAAAAUUCAGGAAGCACACAGUCUUCAGCAGGCAUGAAGUGUCAGAUAAAGAGACGGUAGAAGGUGAGGAGGUGCAGAUCCAAGUGCAGAACACCAAGCUGAGCAUCUCUACAUUCUGGAGCCUGGAGAAGUUCCAGAGCAGCCUGGCUGCCAUGAGGGACCUGGAGCAGGGAAAUUGUGCCUCUAAAGAUGAUGACGUGUUUUAUGACCCCAAUGACCAGUGGGAGCCAGAUAUAUCAUCAGCCUCUUCAUUGUCGUCUUUUUCUCGCAGAAGGAGCAGGAGUCUUCUGAAGAGCAGGCGUAUCUCUGGACGACUCUAUGAGAUCCGAGUGCACCCUAUCCAGAGCUUGCACUGCUCGUCCUCACAGUCUGCUGGUCUUAUAGGUGUAAAUAAGCCUCCUUCACUUCACUACAGCAGCUCAGACUCUGUACUGCCCGGCAUCUGCAAAGAUCUGAUUGCUGCCACUGUUUCCCACUUACGUGGCAUCCCAUCAGCAGUGGAGUGCGGGAGUCUGGCAGACAGACUAACCUUGGACCUGCUCUCUGUUCACAAUGCUGCAAACUCCAUUGCAGGCUUAUAUGAGCAGCUUGAUGACGACAGUCAGGAGAACCUGUUUGCAUGCAGCAGUGAAGCACAGGCUCAUCUUGUGAGGGCCACUUCUGCUAUUGAAAGAUCUGUGUUCAUUACCAUGCACUGGCUCUCCAGCAUGAAGCCCAGUACGCUCUCAGCCUCCCAAACUAUGGAGGAGCUCAAGAUAGAAGUAAAGAAAAUUGGAGGCUAUUUUCAACUGCUGAUUCAGGGCUGUGACUCUGAAAUCUCCACUAUGGUGCAUGAAGCUCAGAGGAAGACUGGUAGGUGUAUGGACACUGCCUUGAGUGCCAUUGGUCUGCUGGCAGCAGUGACUGGGACCCAUAUGACUGAAAUGGUGUCAGACCCCAUAAGUAAAACACCUGCUAUGGUUUCUCUGCAAAAGGGCAUGUGGCGAGGCAUUGGAGCUCUUCUAGAGGAGGGCAUCUCUAUCAGCACAGAGAUGCUCAAACAUGCUCAACUAGCUCAACCUAAUGCUCAGUUUUUACAGAGCCUUAAAACAAAAAUGCUGCAGGUGGCAAAUGCUUUGCUAAGCUACCUUAACUGCACCAUGCUGCAGGAGAAGCCAGUCUCUUCAUGGAAUGGUUUUGAGGAUGUUGAUGUCCUCCACCUGGGCCGUGUGCGUAAUACAGCUGAUAAGCUCUCUCAGCUAAACAAAGCUCUUCAGCAGCUUCACACCACCUUGUCUCGUGUUCUCAGAGGAAGAGGGAGUGAUGCUGGCCUCCGUUCUUUUAAAGAAGCGAUCAGGUCUUUGUCUAAGACUAUUGGUGAUAUUGUACAUGGACUACCAAAACAGACAGAUGUUGGCUCUGCUGGGAGUCUUCAGCUCCCGUGUUCAAAGAGUGUUCUGGCUGCACGAGAUGAGGUGCACUCCACAUUAUGUGCUCUGGCAGCACUGUUUGAUGAGAGAGAUGAGGAAAAUCUGGAGCUAUCCAACUGUAAGAGUUCCCUUGGAAAAGCAGAGGUUCAGGAUCUGGGUCAUGGCACCAGGAAUCGAACUGUACCUAAAGUAGUGUACUCUAUGUCCUCUGGGGUCAGUUCUUGCUCUAGAGAUGUUCGCUGGGUAUGAUGUGUCCUCAGACAAAUGCGGUAGUAGUCUUUUAUGCACUAGUUUAAGGACAUGUCUAGUUUGUGUCGAUGGAUACCCAUGUGCACAUUGUCUGCAGUACUGUAUGAUUUGAAGGGAAAGAUUUA